AGCUGGAUUCACCUGCGCUGCACUUUCUCCCAUGGCUCCUGCAGAUUCUCCAGCCUCCUUUCCUCUGUGUGUGUGUCUGCUGCUGGCCUCUGGCUUUGCCCAGGCAGGCAAACUGCUGGUAGUCCCCAUGGAUGGGAGCCACUGGUUCACCAUGCAGAUGGUUGUGGAAAAGCUCAUCGACAAUGGACAUGAGGUAGUGGCAGUUGUGCCAGAGGUGAGUUGGCAACUGGGAAAAUCUCUGAAUUGGACAGUGAAGACGUACUCAACUUCUCACACUCUGGAGGAUUUGAACCAUGAGUUCAAGGUUUUUAUGGGUGCUCACUGGAAAGCUCAGGAGAGCAGUAUGUUUUCUCUAUUACAACACUCAUCCAAUGUUUUUUUUGAAUUGUGGUUUUCACAUUGUAGGGAUUUAUUUAAUGACAAGAAGUUAGUGGAGUACUUGGAGCAGAGUUCUUUUGAUGCUGUGUUUCUGGAUCCUUUCGAUGUGUGUGGCUUAACUGUUGCCAAGUACUUAUCACUCCCAUCCGUGGUCUUCAGCAGGGGAAUUUUUUGUCACUAUCUUGAAGAGGGUGCCCAGUGCCCCAGCCCUCCUUCUUAUGUUCCCAGAAUUCUCUCAAAAUUUACAGACACCAUGACUUUCAAGGAGAGAGUGUGGAACCACCUAUCCUACAUGGGGGAACAUGCAUUUUGCCCUUAUUUUUUCAAAACUGCUACAGAAAUUGCCUCUGAAGUUCUCCAGACCCCAGUGACUAUGGAUGACCUCUUCAGUCAAGUGUCCAUUUGGUUGUUACGCACUGAUUUUAUCUUGGAGUUCCCCAGACCUGUGAUGCCCAACAUAGUCUUGAUUGGCGGGAUCAACUGCCACCAGGGAAAGCCACUUUCCAAGGUAUGUUAUGUCUCCAUUAGCACAUGA